UUGCAUUAAUGAUUGUAGAUAAAAUAAAAACAAAAAACAUGAAAAAAAAAAAAAAAAAAACGCAUCUUGUCGUGUUCUACUUUUUCAGAAAAAGCGAUGUUUCAUUUCCUCUCUCUCCACAUUUCUUACGUACUCUUCUCUCCAAAACCAAACCAAAGUUAUUGCGUGGAAUUUUCUUAGUUGAAUUAUGGGAAGGUUGUUUGUUGUUCAUCUUGAAGGGAGGAUGUAUAGCUGUAAACACUGUAGAACACCUCUUGCUCUUUGUGAAGAUGUUGUAUCAAAGGCUUUCCACAGCAGACAUGGGAAGGCUUAUCUCUUCCGUAAGGUUGUGAAUGUUUCUAUUGGAGAAUUAGAGGAUAGAAAUAUGAUGACUGGGAUGCAUACUGUGGCUGACAUUUUCUGUGUCGGUUGUGGAUCAAUCCUCGGUUGGACAUAUGAGACUGCUCAUGAAAAAAGCCAGAAGUACAAAGAAGGAAAAUCUGUUCUCGAACGGUUUAAGGUGUCUGGUCCUGAUGGCGGCAAUUAUUGGGUGAGCCAUGCAACACAUGGUGUUGGAAGUGAUGCAGAUGAUGCUUAAUCAUCCCCUCCUCAUUGACAAUUGAAUUGUAUAUUCUUUAAUCCUCCUCUCUGUUGUUGUUCAAUGAAUUUGGAUUUAUAGGGAUAAUUUAGCAAAAUCAGCAUUUUGCCCCCGAAAACCAUUUGAAUUGGUGAUUCUCAUGUAAAAAUUUGAUGUUCAAACUUCUAAUCAAUCAUGUAUAUCAUGUUAAUUGUCUUCAUUUAGA